AUGAGCUCCAUCCAGAAGGCGGCCAGAUGGCUACUCGUCCUUCACGGAAUCGGCAACAUUGCUCAGGGCACAUUCUCCAUUCUUCGUCCGGACUCUUUUGCGUCUGCUGCUGGACCACGCUUCCUGGGAUCUCCAGACCAAGCGAUCCAAAGCAUUGGGCUGGGAUCUCUCGGAGUGGGUAUUUAUGGUGCAGCUGGAGCACUAUCCAAUGAUCGUCGCUUCUUCGUCGUCACAGCUGCAAUGAGGUUCCUAUUCGGGCUGAUCGUUGCAACGCAAUGGGACUGGGACGCGAACUGGGAGGUCUUCGCCUACAAAUGGGGCAUCUGCUGCAUUUCGGCAAUGGCUGCGUCUUGA